AAUUUUAGGCUGAAGUUGUCUGAGAGCGGUGCAGUGUUUGUGCUGAGCCUCACCUCCCUGAGAAGUGGUACAGUCCCGUUAGACGCAGUCCGAGUCCGGUCUGCAGCAGACGCAGUUAGCGGAAAACGACAUGACCAACAAACGGUUAAACUACUCGUUAGUAUAAAAACGGACAAUAUAAUGAACGUUUACCGGCUGGCUAUUUUUUUGGGAGCCUCAGUGUGCGUGUGUGACAGUGUGCAUGUCUCAGUGCAGAAGGAAAAGCAGUAUGCAAUCCUCUUCCAGUCCGUGGUCCUCUCGUGUCAGUACCAGACGUCCUCCGUCCAGCUCCCGGUGGUGCAGUGGUGGUACAAGUCCUACUGUCGAGACCACAUGCAGGAGUCCUUCUCUCUUUCGGAGACCCUGGGCAUCAAGACCUCAGCGCUGGGACCCAAGUCCCACCUGGAGUGCUCUGACAACACCCGCACAGUUCGGGUAGUGGCAUCGUCCCAGGGAGCCUCCAUGACGCUGGCUGAGCACUACAAAGGCAGAGACAUCAGCAUCAUAAACAAAGCAGACCUGCGUAUUGGGGAGCUGCAGUGGGGCGACAGCGGGGUGUAUUUCUGCAAAGUUGUGAUCGCUGAUGAUCUGGAGGGGAAGAACGAGGAUCAGGUGGAAUUACUGGUGCUCGGCAGGACAGGUGAGCAGCAAGAUCUACUCCCUGAGUUUGAUUUGGAGAUUAUGCCAGAAUGGGCGUUUGUGGGAUCUGUAGUCCUGGGCAGCAUCUUGCUCCUGCUGUUGUUGGGGAUCUGCUGGUGCCAGUGCUGUCCUCACUCCUGCUGCUGCUACGUCCGCUGCUGCUGCUGCCCUGACACCUGCUGCUGCCCACGACACCUGUAUGAAGCGGGGAAGAUGGCAAAGAGCAGACAGCCUGCUGCUCAGGUCCCUCUGUAUCCCUAUUACAUUCCUGGUAUACCUACUGUGGUCCCUGUGGCCUCUUCCUCUUACACGGACACAAAGAUCAACUCGAUCCCCUCAGUGGAGAAUAACCUGUCUGGAGUGCGCAGUGGUUACCGGCUCAAAGCCAGUCCAGCCCAGGACUCAAUAAAAGUUCUGUACUACAUAGAGAAGGAGCUGGCUCAGUUUCCGCGCAGCAAGAUGGCAGCAUUCAAAUCCAGGAGCAUAUCAGAGCUCAGCUCGCUUCAUGAUGGAGGGACUACAGACUUCAGAAACACCUUUCAGGCGGUCCAGAUGAAAGCACUUCCACCUAUCGCAGACCUCGAUGACCUGUCGGUGCGGAGAGCAGCUCCACCUACACAAAGCCGAAGACUCAGACAAGACAGAAUUAACCACUCAGAUGAUGAACUGGACCGCAGGUGGAACUGCCGAUCGGAGAACCUGCAGAGAAAGACGUUGGGCAGAAGAGGGCGCACGGGCUCUCUGGAUGAGCUGGAGGAAUUCGCUCGGUCUUAUAGCGCACAUGGACGUCGGGGUGCGCCAUCAGACCGGCCUUAUGAGCGGGAUUACAGCCCUCCCAGGCGCUCCUAUAGAAAUGAACAUGAUGGCUGGGGGCGCCGCAGCCCGUCACCAGUACUGCAAAAGAGAAGGGACACGUGGGACAGUGAUCGCCCGUCUCGACUGCCCCAAAGCAGAGCCUAUGAUGACACCUUGCUCAACAGCAUGCUUGAGAGUAAAACGAGAGGCCGGGGAAGGGACAGAGGUGCUGGGAGGAUGGAUGAGGACAGUGACACUCCCUCUAAAGGCAGCUCCAGAGGAAAGGGCAGCGAUAGUUAUUACAGCCGUUCACCUAGCAACCGCCCAGAAGAUGAGGACUCUUUGCCUCCGUACUCUGAGCUCGAGGCUGAGAGAUACCGCAGGGCUGACCAAACUACAGAGCGGUACCGCACAGCAGAACCUCCCAGAUCAGAGAGGUACAGGACCACAGAGGCAGCCAUGAAGCCCUUCUCUUACACCCGCCCCAACCAGGGAAUGUCCCACACACUGCAAGGGGGCAGAGAGGAGAGAGAAAGGAGCAGAAAUCUGAGCACUGCACUGAGCAGGGACUCACUCAUAGUGUGACAGGGUCUCCAGCCUGGACCCAGCACAGCGCUGCCAGCCUGUGCAUUAAAACUGUCCUGCAGCUGCGCAGGAGAUGCUAACUGUUACAGCUCCAACCACAGCAAGUCAGGCUCAUCUCAUUGAAAUAACAUCACUGAAAAACGUCAGUAAUGAAUCCUGAGGAAAAAGUGGAUUUAAUAUUUGUGUUUUUGUACAUGCAUAUCAUAUUUUAUUUGUUUGUUUGUUUUUUAAUUUGUCUUACUUUGUAUUUCAAUGAUGUAACUGGACUCACACUGGUGCCAAGGACAGAUUUUGUAUUUUAUUUUUUUGUUAUUCAAAAAUUUUAGAACAGCAACCAAGCAGCCUUCAGCCUCCAUACUUCUCUACUACUCUGCAGCUCAGGUUCACUUUGUAUUUUUGCCUUUGCCUGUUGUUACCUGUGUUCCUGGAAAUACUGCGCCUUGAAUUUGUACUACAGAUUGCAAUUGCACUGCUUAAUAACUUUUUAAAUAAAGAAAACUUUGCUAUAGUCUCCUCCA